AGUCGUAGAAAGCAAGAAAGAAGUACUCAAUUUCCGUGGAUUGUUGUAUGAGCUUUGAAGACGAUCAAGUGUAACUUUCUUUUCAAAUAAACACACUUAGUACGUGUGGUUCCACUAAAUAUAGCGUCUUAUGAUUCGGGCGUGUUUUUCGGAAGCAGGUUAAGAAAUCGUCGACAUAAUGCAUCGAUUGCGAAGGAACGUGAUUGAUCAGUUCAAAAAGUCUGCCCAUGGUCGGGCACGGCUGUCGGAUGCCUCACGAGUUUCGGCAACCGUUGGUCGAGGAUAUGCAACGGAAAACGCACUUCCUGAAAGUGCGGACGUGGUGAUCAUCGGAGGUGGAUCGGCCGGGUGUAAUGCGCUCUACCAGCUGGCGAAGCGUGGUGUACGGGCGGUCCUGGUGGAGAAGUCCAAACUCACGGCGGGCACUACCUGGCACACGGCCGGCCUGGUGUGGCGUCUGCGCCCGAAUGAUGUCGAGAUACGGCUGCUGGCGGCGACACGCGACUUGCUGAUGCGGCUCGAGGACGAAACGGGUCACAACUCGGGAUGGAUCAAUAACGGCGGCUUGUUCAUCUCACACUCGGCGGAGCGUUUGGAUGAGUACAGCCGGUUGGCCACGCUGGGCAAGUGCUUCGGUAUCGACUCGCACAUUCUCACGCCGGAGGAGGCGCAAAAGCUGUUCCCUCCGCUCGACACAUCCGCCUUCACCGGGGCCCUAUACUCGCCGGGAGACGGCGUGGUCGAUCCGGCUAUGAUGUGUACCGCGCUGACCAAGGGUGCCACAGCGAACGGGGCCCUCGUGAUCGAAGAGUGUACCGUAACGCAGAUUCUGACCGGGGAGAAUCUGCUCGGCAUGAAGGACGUCCGCGGAGUGCUGACCAACAAGGGGCCGAUCCGCACCAACACCGUCGUGAACGCGACCGGAGUCUGGGGCCGCGAUCUGAUCGAACCGCUCGGUGUGUACCUGCCACUGAUACCGAUGCGUCACGCGUACGUCGUGUCGGAGACGAUGGAAGCGGUCCACCAGAUGCUGCCGAACGUGCGUGACCACGACUUUUCGCUGUACUUCCGCAUCCAGGGCAAGUCGAUCUGUAUGGGCGGAUACGAGAACAAUCCGAUCCUGUUGAACCGCGUCCCCGGUGACUUCCACUUUGGGCUGUACGAUCUGGACUACUCGGUGUUCGACACGCACAUCCAAGGAGCGGUGCAGCUUUGUCCGGCGUUCGGCGAGGCCGGCGUCAAGAGCACGGUCUGUGGUCCGGAGUCGUUUACGCCGGAUCACAAACCCCUGAUGGGGCCCGAUCCGACGGUGUGCGGACUGUUCCACAGCGUCGGCUACAACUCGGCCGGAAUGAUGCUCGGUGCCGGCUGUGCCGAGCAGCUGGCCCAGUGGAUCGUGCACGAUCGUCCCGAGCGCCACAUGUUCGCGUACGACGUGCGCCGCUUCUCGCCGAAACAGAAGAAGGCCCUGAACUGGGCGACGGAGCGAAGCCACGAAGCGUACACCAAAAACUAUAGUAUUGUCUUCCCGCACGACGAGGCCCUGGCCGGGCGGAACUUUACCGUCGAUCCGUUCCACAAGCAAAUGAUACAGUACGGGGCCGUGAUGGAGGAACGGCACGGCUGGGAGAGGCCCGGCUACUUCCUGCUCGACGAAACGGUGGUGGUACAGCCGUACGAUUGGUACGGCUACUACGACCACCCCAAGAACACGAACACACACUACGAGGAAGCGCUCAAGGGUGACUACACGUUCGGGUUUUCCGCGCACCACGAUCUGAUUGGCGAAGAAGCGCUCACUUGCCGUCACGAUGCCGCACUGUUCAAUCUGAGCUACUUCUGCAAACUCUUCCUCACCGGCAGCCAGGCCAAGGAGGCGGCGGAGUGGAUUUUUACCGCAAACCUGGACCAACCGGUCAACAAGACCGUCUACACGUGCGCUCUCAACAAGCGCGGUGGCGUAGAGGCAGACGUCACGGUCAGCAUCGUGGAGUCCGGGAUGGGUGGACUGCAUGACCCAAUCUUUAAGGGUCGUGGCUAUUACAUCGUCGCCGGAGGGGCCUCCGCCUAUCACACCAAGUGCCACAUCCUGUCCGUGAUCCAGGAGAAGGCAUUCCGGGCCGUGGUCAGCGAUCAGACCGAGGAGCUUGGCGUGCUGUCGAUUCAGGGCCCGAAAAGCCGGCACAUCCUGCAGAAGAUAACGGACUUCGAUCUGGCCAACGACGAGGUGUUCCCGCCGAACUCGCACAGGAUACUGACGAUCAAAAUCAAUCCACACUACAGCUGCCAGGUGCGGGUGCUGCGCGUCAGCUUCGUCGGCGAGCUGGGCUACGAGCUGCACAUUCCGGAGGAGAGCUGCAACGACGUCUACAACGCGCUGAUGAAGGCCGGGUACAAGGAGAGCCUGCGGAAUGCCGGCUACCGGGCACUGUACUCGCUGAGCAGCGAGAAGGGCUACCACCUGUGGGGCAACGAUCUGCGCGCGGACGACACGCCGGUGGAGGCGAAUCUGGGGUUCGUUUGCCGGAAGAAGGGCGAGUACCAGGGCAAAACGGUGGUCGAUCGGCAGCUGGCCGAUGGCGUUAGCCGUAGGCUGGCGUUCUUCACCCUGCGCCAACAGGUGCCCAUCUGGGGUCUGGAGGCAGUGUACCGGGACGGUGAGAUCGUCGGACAUCUGAGGCGGGGAGAGUACGGCUACACUCUGCAGAAACCGAUCGGCCAGGCGUACGUGGAGCGCACGGACGGGGGCGUAAUCACGAACGAGUUCCUCAAGUCGGGCCGGUAUCAGAUCGAGGUGAUGGGCAAGCUGCACGACGCUGACUGCCAUCUGAGAAGCCCCUUCGAUCCAAAGGGUCAACGAAUACUGGGAAUAUACAAAUAAAUAAUAAACUGCUCGCCGGUUAGCGU